AUGGCGAAUACUUGUAGAAUCAGCUUUGUCUGCAUCAUGGUCCUCUUGCUCUUCACUAGUCACUUAGCUCUUUCUUCUUCUACACGGCUCCGAUUUAUAGAAGCUCAAGAUCUUGUUCACGGGAAGCAAAACAAUCUCUUGAAGCUUGAUGAGAUUGAGAAAGCUGAUAGGACACGUCUCGAUUACUUGUUUGGCGUGAUUGAUAAGGCCGAGACCAAUGGCGUUGAGGAGGUUGAUUCUACGCCUCCAACAACAGUUGUUCCACCCGUUUCAGCUACUCUGCCACCAGCAUCUCUGACUACACCUCCACCAGCAGUUACACCAACCGUCUCACCACCACCAGCUCCAAAGGUUGCACCAGUUAUCAGCCCAGUAGCUCCGCCUCCACAACCACCACAAAGCCCGCGUGUGCCAGCUCCAACCGCCUCACCACCGCUUGCACCAGCCUCUCCCCAACCGGCAUCACCACCACCAGCAACUUCUCCACCACCAGCUUCACCGCCUCUAGCGCUUACACCAAUAACUCUACCACCAGCACCAGCUCCUGCCAAGCACAAGAAAAAGCACAAAGACAAGAGGCAUCACCAUGCCCCAGCUCCAGCACCAACUCCUCCAAGCCCUCCAUCUCCUCCAGUUCUAACAGAUUCCCAGGACAUGUCUCCAGCACCAUCACCAUUUCAUAACGCGAACGGAGGAAAUGCCUUGAACCAGCUAGAAGGAAGAGUAGCAAUGUGGCUCAGCACCGUACUGGGAACUCUCCUCCUGAUGGCUAUCACAGCCUAAAGUCUCUAGCUUUCUUCUCACUAUAUCACCUAUGUAUCAACUCCAAAAGCUACAUUUUUCCCCAUUGUAUACCAAACACAUUUGAUUAAAAAAUAAUACAUUUUUUUCUUCUCUAUUCUUUGCAGAAAAUAAAAUCAUAUCAAAUUUGAUCAGUACUUGAAUCCUUGGAGGUUUC